CCUCAUCUCAAUACCACCAGUGCCACCGCCAAGGGUUCCCUUUCCCCCGUCUCUCCUAUCCCUUCUCCCCCUUCUCAUCGCCACACGCGCAAACGCCGUCGUCGAGGUUGAUCGCAGGUCGGCCCUCUCAGACCAGCAACUGCCACCGACUUGACUGAGUCGUCUCACAUCAACCAGCCUCGCGGGCCUCGCGGGCCUCGUCUCUCGUCCCCUCCUCACCCACCUCUCGAAGAGGAACAGUCGUGGAGAGCGCUCGUUCAUUCGAACUUCUACCUGUAGCAAGCCAUCCGCUCCCAACGACAUAGCAACAUCAGCAAAAGGACGACGUACGCACACGCAUAACACCCACUCUCCCUCCUCAUCUCCUCGCUCGCCAUGCUCGCCGCCAUGUCUUCGUCAUCAUCGGCGCGGGACUUCCCGCUCGGCUUCGUCUACUCGUUGCCCGAUCCCCCACGCACAAAGUCGCUGGGAGAUCACAUGGCAGAGAAUGUCACAGACAACGGUCGCGUCACCUCGCUCCUCGACUGUCUCUGUAAUACGACGAACCCAGCAUUGUGGUCGCCCGACCUCAAUCGUCCUCCCAUCGAUCAUCGCACCAUCAAGAACUUUAUUGCAAACUUUGUCCUACCCACCGCCGGCCAGCCCCUCGGCCCUAAUGAUCGCGUCAUGAUGGCCCUCCCUACGGGACCAGAGAACGCUGUGGCUCUUCUCGCAGUUGCUGCAUACCACACCUGCGCACCAGUCAAUGCCUCGUGCACGGCGGGUGAGCUCAGAGAUGACGCAGUACGACUCCGAGCGAAAGCCGUAGUGACCACGCGCGACGCAGCUGAGCGUCUCGACGUCGAGGCGCUGCGAUCCGAAGAAGGCAUGGAGAUCAUCUUUGUCGAAAAUCGAUCAUCUGGACCGGCGGGGCUCUUCGACAUGUCGCUGCAUGGCCAGCGUGGCUUGGCCAACACACAAGGCAGGCGUCCAUCUCGCCUCCAUGGCCUCGAGCACCAGUCUCUUGUCCUUCACACUUCGGGCACGUCGGGAAAGAAGAAGGUCGUCCCGUACUCCCUGCGCCACCUCAUCGUCGGAACCAUUUGCGUCGUAAAAAGUUGGGACCUGAGGCCAGAGAGCGUCAACAUGAACAUGAUGCCGCUCUUCCACGUCGGUGGUAUUGUUCGCAAUCUUUGGUCGCCCAUGUUCUCCGGCGGUUCCGCCAUCGUCUGCGCUGGUUUCGAUGCCAGCAUGUGGUGGACCCUAGCAAAGCAGCUCGGCGCCACUUGGUACUACGCAGCUCCAACGAUGCACCACGCCAUUCUCGCCUCACAGCCAGAAGGUGUCGUGCCUUCUCGCGACACGCGCAUCAAGAUGAUCUGUAACGCCGCCGGUGGUUUGCUUCCUUCGCUCGCCGUCCAGCUCAAGGAGACGUUCGGCGAUAUUGCAGUCCUCCCCUCGUACGGCAUGACCGAGUGCAUGCCCAUCGCUUCACCCCCGACCAACUAUCAACUCGACAGACCAGGAUGCUCUGGCGUGGCAUGCGGUCCCGACCUCUCCAUCCGCGAUCCCUUUGAUCGUGAGCGUCAGUUGCCAGUCGGCCAGACGGGCGCCGUCUCCGUGCGUGGCCUGCCGACCUUUUCUGGCUACGAAGUCUCCACCGACCCCUUUGAGCCCCUCGACACUUCGUCCUUCUCCACGGAGGGCUGGUUUGACUCGGGCGACAUGGGUCACAUGGACGCAGACGGCUACCUCUUCAUCACCGGUCGAUCAAAGGAGAUUAUCAACAAGGGAGGAGAAGUCGUCUCGCCGUUUGAAGUCGAAGAGGCCAUCAUGCAAGCAGCAAAGGACCGCGUCAAGCAGACGCUCGCCUUCUCAAUCGAGCAUACCGUCCUCCAAGAGACCAUUGGCGUGGUCAUUGUCCCCGUCCCCAAUCAGCCACGCAUCGGUCUCGCUGAGCUGCAGAAUUUGCUGCGAGCCCACCUUCAUCCGUCCAAGUGGCCCUUUGCCGCCGUCUACAUGGACGACCUGCCCAAGAAUCAGGCAGGCAAGCCGCUGCGUAUCAAGCUUGGGACCAGGUUGAGCAUCGGCCCCCUCUCGGAUGACAUCCCGCCGCUUCAGCGUCACUUUGAGGCUCGCGCUCCAGACAAGAGCGUACCUCUGAGCGAGCCGAUCCCGUGCAGCCAAGUCACCAUCGAUGUGCGAGCCGUCGAGCGAGCAUGCUACCGCAUCCCAGGCAUCAUCGAGGCUGCAGUCAGGCAACGACGUGAUGGCGCUCCAGAGGCUUUCAUCCAGGUCGAAGAGGAGGCCGAGUACGACGCAUCAGACAUUGAUCGCGCCCUCGCUCAGGUACUCCACGGCUACGUCGUGCCCAACCCGCUUCACGUCUUCCGUCAGCCAUUGGCCAAGAUCAACGGCCGCAUCGACUUCGAGACGAUGGAGGAGGAGGUGCGAGCGCAAAACGCUUCAGCCAUGUCACGCACUGCGCUGGCUGUGCGCGACAUCAUCGCGGGUCUCCUCGACACCGAAAGCGGCACUAUCACUGCCGAGUCAGACUUUUUCCUCCUCGGCGGCAACAGUCUGCUGCUCGGCCGUCUCGUCGCCUUGAUCCGCAAAGAGACGGGCGCCAGCCUCGAAGUCUCGUCCCUCUUCAACAACUCGACGGUCGCAGGAAUCGCAGCCUUGGUCGACGAGGAGAACGGCACAGGCGAUGACAGCUACGACGACGCUGAUGGCUACACGGACGAAAAGACCCCUGGCAUGGCUGCCUUCCACGGCGCUCAUCGCUACGACGACGAGGACGAGCCGGCGUUUGCCAGCCACGGCUACAAGCACCGUAGCCAGCUUCAUCCGUGGGUCAUGUUCAUUCAGACGAUCCCCUUCCUCUUCUUCUACCCGCUCAAGGCUGCGUGGACGUGGACGGUCAUUCUGCACGGUCUCGCCUUCUCUGCCUACUACAUCAAUGACCAAUUCUGGGAGCGCGUCGCCGUGCUCUUGGCCUCGGUCAUUGUCGCUCGUGUCACGUCGCGCAUCAUCUGCCCGAUCACAGCCAUUGCCUUCAAGUGGAUCGUCAUCGGACGCUACCGCCCCGGCAAGUAUCCGAUGUGGUGCAACUACCAUUUGCGUUGGUGGAUCGUCAAUCAGUCGCUCAAGGUCGGGGGCAAGGGUCUGUUCAACUUGACGCCCUCCCUGCAAAAGACGUACUACCGCCUGCUGGGAAUGAGCAUCGGCUCAGACGUCGUCAUUGACAAGUUCACGCGCAUGGCAGAGUACGAUCUCAUCACCAUCCACGACGGCGCUCGCCUGGACAAGUCGCUCAUCCGCGGCUUCUGCGUUGAGCGCGAUGGAUAUUUCCGCCUUGAGCCGAUCGUCAUUGGCCGUGACUGUGUUAUCAACACCUUCACGCAGAUCUCGCCUGGCGCCCGCCUCGCCGAUGGUACCGUCUGGGGCCCGCAGUCUUCCUCGCACGAAGAGCCCUCCUCGGACGCUUACGCUGCUUACAACCGCUCCGCCGGCCCGCAACCGCACAAGGCGCUCAUCUGGUUCAUCGGCGUGCCCAUCAUCCUCCUCGUCCGCAUCAUCACCUACGUGCCCUGGUUUGCCUCUCUCUUCAUGCUCCUCUCGCAGCCCUUCUCCUUCAAUCACCACGACACGGUCAAGGGCGUCAUCGCCUGGUUUGCCUACCCGCGUCGUAUCGGAUGGCACUACGUCGCCCGCGUCGUCCGUACGACGAUGCCGCCUCUCAUCAACCUCAUCUUGGGCAUUAUCAUCAAGAGGAGCAUGGGGCUGAAUCGCGAGGGUUCGAUGCGCAACGCGACGCAGUUCGCGCUCUUCCGCCGCUGGCUUAACAACCAGCUCCUUUCGCAGCCCAACAUCCGUCGCGCCAUGUCCAUCCUUGGUACUCACUACGAGAUGACAUCGGCAAUCUACCGUGCCAUGGGCGCCAAGGUGGGCAAGCGUGUGUACUGGCCUGGAUCAGGAAUCUACUGCCCGGACCCGGAGCUCCUCGAGAUUGGAGACGACGUUGUGUUUGGCUCUCGCUCGGAGGUCUUCACAUCGGACUCCAUUGGCUGGUCCCGCGUGCGCGUAGGCCGCGGAGCCAUGAUUGCAGACCGAGUCGUGCUCCUCCCCGGCGUCUCCAUCGGCAAGCAGUGCGUCAUGGGUUCUGGAGCCCUCGCGGUCCGCAAUGGUCAGUACGAAGAGCAUACCGUCUGGAUGGGCUCCAAGAAUGGCGCUGCCGUCUCCUUUGGUCGUGCCAAUGUGGACAACAAGGAGCAGCAGUACGUCAGCGGAGCAGACGAGACGAUCACGCCCUUUGGCCGUGCAUUCUACAAGCGCAAGGCAGACUACUUUGUCAUCCCUUACGUUGUGCUCGUCCUCAUCAACAUCCUCAUGGCAAUCUUCUCUGCCGCUUACUGGGCCACCGCUGCGGUGGGCACAGUCGUGAUGCUCAACCAGGUUCGCCAGGUUUGGGAAUUCAGCGAGACGGUCAUCAUCAGCGACCACUGGUACCGCCCUGGUCUCAUCUACGCCUUCAUUGCGGUGUGCUUCGUCGUCAUCCUGUGCGUGCAGGGUAUUCUCGCCUUUGCCUGGGUUAUUGCGACAAAGUGGAUGAUCAUCGGGCGCAGGCGCGAGGGAAGGUACGACUGGGACAAGAGCUCCUACUGCCAGCGCUGGCAGCUUCACCUCAGCCUGCAGCGUAUUCUCGGUCGAGGACACGGCGGUCACCUCAUCGGCCUCGUCUCCGGUACCGCCUACGCCGUGUGGUAUCUGCGAGCCCUCGGCGCCACAGUGGGCAAGGAUGUGGCGGUCUGGGCGGGAGGAAAGCCCAGCCUGCAGCUCACCGAGCCGGACCUCGUCACCAUUGGUGAUCGCGUCUCAUUCGACGACUGCUCCAUUGUGGCGCACAUCAACUCGCGCGGUCGCUUCUCCCUCAACAAGCUGCGACUGGGCGAAGGGUGCGCAUUGCGCACCGGCUCGCGUCUGCUCUCUGGGGCAAGCAUGGAGCCAAGGAGUAUGCUCCUUGAGCACACGCUCGUCGCGUCAGGUGAGAUCGCUGAGCAAGGGGCGGUGUAUGCCGGCUGGCCGGCGAGGCAGUUGAGGGUGAGGAGAAAGGCGUGAGGUGACGCCCGGCUCUAACGAAAUGCAACGCCGCAACGACAACACACCCAAGGACUUUACGAUCAAUUGCUUUCCCCCUUCUUGUCCACCGUCGUGGUCUCCCCCCAUUUCUUUCCUCUUCUGUUUGUUCUCACUAGCGGGACGCAUCUUUGUUUCCCUUCGGCCUCGUGACAUGUCAAAUACACUCUCCUUUGCUCGG